CUGGGAUACAGCGUGAGCGUCAACAUCCCCGAGCUCGUCAACGGAACUACAUCACCAAUCAUCAAAAUCAGACUGACCGGCAACGCGAACACGGACGCUGUCGUGUAUAACGAGACCGCAGGGCUGUUCGACUGGAUCAUUUUGACCCUGUGGCGGCGGGGAUUAAUGCGGCGUACAACCGCGAUAGGAGUUUGACAGGUGAGACGUAGAUUGUUGCCGGUGGCGGUAUUAGUGUGAACGUUUUCACGAUGGAUUACUCUGCGCCAGAGAAUAAGUAUACAGAGUCGGUGUUUGGGAAGGUGGACAGCUUGUUCAGCGGUGUGAAUGAGACGAAGUAUAGUAAGAGGAUGGUGGAUGAGCGGAUGAGGAAGAGGGGUGUCAUGAUGAGCGGAAGGAAUGUGUUGAAGGUAUCAUAUAUGUUCUGAGUGCUCUACUCUCAUCACCUGAAUAUUCAAAGAAUCGAGCACAUCCCUGCUCCUCACCACUCCUUACUCGCCAUGCUCGCUUUUGCUUAUGAUCAAAUUAGUG